AUGGAGGAAAUGCAGAGAGACCUCUGGGCCAAUGGGCUGUCAGGGCAUCUGCUGGUCCAGAUACAUGGCAAAAUCCUAGAAAUAAAAAAGGAGAAGAAACCAUCACCCGAUGACCUCGGCUGCAACGGGACUGGGAUCCAGCGAAGCUUGGAGGAAACCCAGCGGACAACACAACGGAGCCCCCCCCCAGCUGAGCACCCGCCAGACUCAGCUGUCACGGUGGCCACUGCUGCAGCCAUAAGGGAGGAGAGGUAGGUGUGAACCGGGAGAGCCAAACCCAACCUCUCUGGAGACCAGCUCGAGGGAAGCGUGCAGAGACCCACCAAAACCAUUUUUUAAAUUGAACCCCUGACACUUAUAUAUAAUGUAUAUAAUGUAUAUAUCAUUUUUAAAAAAAACAACAACAAAAUUUUCAUUAAUUUUUAAAAUCAUCAUUGUUAUUAUAUUUCCUUUUCCUUAAUUUUUAAUACAUUUCUCCCUCUCCCCCCCCCUCAAUUUUUUUACCUCAAUUUUUUCUAACUCUUAAGAAUCAAAAUGGCGGCACCCAUUAGCUUACACCAGAUGUAAGGCAUUGGGAAGACCCAGUUUUCUGAGUGCAUGUUCUGGAAGCUGGGUAAUAGGAUUCCUUUUGGUGUACCGACCUCCCUGCUGCACCAAGGAUUCUCUGCCCAAGGUGCUUCAGGUCAUAAUGGAAGUUCUCCUGGCGACACCUACUUAGGUUGUCCUAGGGCUGGCAUGUCCAACGUGACGUAGGCGAUCCAAUAUAAAAACUGGCAGUGAUGGGUGCAGGGUGGGUGGGCGUGCCCUGCCUGCUUCCCCCCGACACUGCCUGCCACCCCCAAUGGGGCAGGGGUGAGUGCAGGGUGGGUGCUCGCACCGGCUGCUUCCCCCGACAUAUAUCUGGUAUAUUGCUUAUGUAAAACAUAUGUGCUGUAUUUCUUAGUCUUUUCCAUCUGUCAUAUCACAACAACAUAAGCAUUACCUAUCUAUUUCCAAGGCUUCAUGCUGUUUUAUAUUGGCAACCUUCACUCAUAAUCCUUCAGCUGGCUUCUAAAGUGAAGUGAUGCCAUGUAUAAUUGAUUUGGUCCCUUGCCAUUCUAUCUCAAGAUCAGACUAAAAGAGAGUACAUAAAAAAAGUUCCUCUAAAUGUCAAAGAAUGCUUGUUACUUCUGCAUCCUGGCACCUGAGACAAAUCCUUUCAUACUGAGUGCUCAUGAAGAAAGAUGCUCUUCUAAAUCAAAGGGUAACAAGGUGUCAUCGUUCAAUGCCAACAACUCACUGGUGCUGCACAGCUGCCUAGGAUGUCAGCCAUGAUGACAGAAACAAGCUCUGAAGGCAGUGAGCAGUGACAUGGGGCAGAACAUAUUCCUAGAAUGUGCCGUUGACCUAACCGCAGGAUGUUAUGAAGGACUAUAUCAUGCAUCACACAGAGGCAAAAUUUGGUGUGUCACUGGAUGUAACUAAAACAGGGAAGAGCAAUCUCCAAUCAUGACUCCCUGUUGGGUGUUCACACCAUGAUGCACCAAUUUUUUUGGGGGGGGGAGAGGUUUGUUGCCUAAAACUUUACAUGUUGGUGGAUAUACAUGUAUCUAAAGAUAUUGGAUUGUACACCGGAGAAAUAUAAUCUGGGGACUGGCUCUAAGGGUUUAUUUUUCUCCUAAAAUAUAAACUCUUCUCCUAUGGACAAUUUUUUUUUUUUUUAAAAAGAGAAGAGGGUGUUAAAGCAUCCUCAUCUGUUCACAACCCUAGCAGUUCACAGAAACCCACCAGCCUUCUCUCUUUCCAUUCAUUUCACCAUCUUUUCUUUUCCCUGAUGAAAUGAAUUGAGGGCUGCUUGGUAGAUUGUUCCCACAGUGGAACUUAGUGGUGAAUUAACUGAUUUAUCCUCUUUCAUGGCUGUUGGGUGAAGCAGAAUGUGGGGGCAGUGAUUUGGGGUUCUCCACACUUGAGGCCCCCGCCUUGCUGAAACUAAUCAGGUCUGGGUCUGGUCAGUGCCUGGAUGGAGCCAAAAGUUUGCUCCCAUGGUGUCUGUGAUGAAAGUAGGGCAGAAUGCAAUUGUAAUAAAAUACAUAAUAAAGCUUCACCUUUCCUUUUGCUAUUAUAGCAUUAUGUCAUUGCCAGACGGAACUGAGGUCUGAGGGAGCAAGGGAUUCCAACCAUGUCAUGCAUCUCCACUGCCAUAUUGCCCCCAACACCCCACCAUCUUUUGGAUCUGCUGGUGCAGCCUCAUCCAGCUGGUGGUAAGUAUUAGCAACUAAUAAAAGGUACUGGUUGCCCUACUGUGGGCUUUUGACUGCCAGUAUUGUGAUUUCUACAUAAGGAAGCUUUUAUUCAGGGGUUUAUAACUGCACUUAAUUCUGCCAUGACAGACGUAUCUGAGAGUGUCUUGAAGUACCUGUUCAGCUCGUAUAACAAUUUUUUCCAUAUGGACCAUUACACUGAAAAUGCCAAUUGCUGUAUUCAUGCCUCUUUUUCAAACUCUGGUUUCUCUUCAGAUCACAUAAAUCUUUCAUUUAUUUAAACAUUUUUGUACCACCCCACUCUGAAGAGCCCAUAAUGCAGUUAACAAGAAUAAACUGAAUACAAUAUACUUUAAAACAGGUUUAAAUCCCAAUGGCGGGAUCAAAAUACAUUAAAAGUCUUACAGAAUAAGCAUGAUUUAAGUGACCAGCUAAAAAUAAUCAAAGAAGGAUUUCCUUAACUUGGGGUGCUGCUAACCAAGAAGGCUCUAGCCCAGUAGCUCCCACGUGAAGGAAUUCACAGUUAAUAACUCAUUCUUGAAUUGCCUCCCCUUAAAAAUCAAAUUGCCACCCUGUGGGGCAUGUGCUCCACAUUGGGAACCAUGGUUCUAGCCUGUAUUCCUGGUGACUACAACUUUUAGCCGUGGGACAUUUAUCUGAUGAAAAGAGAGACAUUCUCUUCUACAUCAGGAAGCUUCUCCCGCAUUUUAUCUUGCCGCACACGUGUAUGUCACAUAUAAAUCUGCCACUUGGAGCAAAUUACAACCUAUCAGCCUGACCUACCUCACAGGAUUGUUGUAAUGAAAAAAUGUGUGAGGGAAUGGGAUCGUGUACAACACCUGCCACAGAUAAAUGGAAUGAAGUAAAAUUUUAGCUGUAAGCUGCCUUGAGUCCCUGUCAGAGAAAAAGGCAGGAUGAUAUAACAACGGGACUUCUGGCAAGGCAAGAUGGCGAGCGCCAUGGCUGCACCAAACUCCUAGGGACUGCCAUCACCAACUGAGCUGCCUGGUUAGUCCCCCCCCCCCCGGCAUCACCGCCACCACCACAAUCAAAGGGGAGUCUAUCUCUCACUCUUUUCUUUCUCUUUUCUCUUUCCCUUUUCUUUUCCAUCUUGCCUUUUAUCUCACACCAUAACUUGAAUCACCACCACCACUUUUGAUUUUAAAAUAUAAUUCCGUUAGCCUUUAAUUUUUUAUCUUUUAAGUUAAGCUAAGUAUCUGCGAACUCCCAAUUCCAGCUCCCACCCUUAACUUGACCCCACCUCCUCAUCUCUGUGUAUGAAUGUGUAUGCAGGUGAGUGUGCAAGCCCCCAUCACCCCUCCCUUUGGCCCCAUCUGUCUCUUACAUGUUUGCCUGUUAGUCCUUUGUGUCACCUGUCUGUCUGUCAGUCCACCAACACGGCUGAGGCAAACAUGGUGACCCAAGAGAAGUCACUAAAUCACAGUCCAGACAAGACAAGAAUGGCUGCUUAACCCCGACAAGAAAGCCACUAAUCAACAAUGCCUAUACAACCCUAUAAUUCCACAACACACAAGAACCAGCACAACCUAAAUACCGAACCACAACAUCCCCUACUAUAAAAGAAUACAGUGCACAUCCCAAACCAAUACCACCAAGACAAUCAAGAUGGUAUCAUCCAGGGAGACAAUGAACGACAAAGAGAUCGCAACAUGCAAAGACCCAUGAUGACAACCGCCCAACAACAAAACAGGACCUGAAGGAAAUGGAACUGAGACUAGCAGAACUAUUGAAGAACACAGUGACUCCCCUGAAGACAAUAAUCAGUGACCUGACCUCCAAAGUGGAAACCCUCACCACCUCCACUCUAGAAAAGGAAAACCAGAUUCAAGUAAGAGAAAAAGAACAACUCUGAGAGCAAAACUCAUAUAUGAAAAAUAAAUUAGCUUACAUGGAAAGCCAUCAAGAAAGAGAAAGCAUGGAAGUGAGAAUCAAACUAGCAGACCUUGAAGAUCACAAUAGAAGGUGCAACGUAUGCUUCCACAACUUCCCCAAGAAAGCAGAGGGCAAAAACUCAGCAGAUCUCAUUGUCUAAAAUCCACGAUUUCAAACCUGAAACUCGAAGUAGACAUCCUGGAAACGGCACACAGAGUAUUAAAAUCAACAGCAACUCGGCCCUUGAUCCUCUUAGAAAAUCUUCUAACCACAAUGGGACAUGGCAAGGGGAUGGUAUCCGCAAUACAGUGGUACCUCAGUUUUGAACAGCUUAGUUCCUGAACAAUUUGGAACCUGAACGCUGCAAACCUGGAAGUAGGUGUUCCGGUUUUUGAACUUUGCCCUGGAAGCCGAACGUGCUCUUGAGCUUUCGUUUCUACUGUUGUGCAGAAAAUUUGAGUUCCCCGCAUAGUAAUUAAGGCUUAUUUGCUCCCGUUUUACCCUUCAGCAACAAAUUUAAGUCCCCCCACAUUGUAAAUAAAGACUUCUGUUUCUGAUUGCGGUAUUCUGAGGUGAUAUUUGGUGGUUUUGUUUUUGCUAUCUUUUUGCAUUUUUGUUUGUGUGGCUUUUUCAUUUUUGUGUCUGUGGCUUGUUUUUCGUUAUAUGACUGCAGAAAUGGAUAAAACAAUGACUAUCAUCAGUACAGGUAAGAAAAAAAUUGUUUUAAUUUUUAUCAUCUACAAUACUGUAUUAUUUAUUUUAUAGUACAGAACAUUGAUUAUUGUUUUCAUUUUAUGGAUCAAUGGUCUCGUUAGAUAGUAAAAAUCCAUGUUAAAUUGCUGUUUAGGGUUGUUUUUAAAAGCCUGGAACAGAUUAACCUGCUUUGCAUUACUUUCUAUGGGAAAGUGCGACUUGGUUUUGGAACACUUUGGUUUUGGAACAGACUUCCGGAACGGAUUAAUUUGAGAAUCAACGUACCACUGUAUACAAAACACUGCUCCGAAGCCCCACAAACCCCCUUGACACAAUCAAAAAACAAUAGGAGGAAGAUAUAGGCUAUGAAAUUUUUUAUUUUUAAAAUAAUUUUUAUUAAGUUUCAUAUUACCAAAUUAAACACAUCAAACCAAUUAAUCCAAAUUAUAACAAUACAAAUCAUGUAAUCCAAAUUAUUUUCCAAAUUAUAAAUUUUUGUGGGGGGUACCCAUACUUCUUGAUCGGCAGGAGUCCAAUCCUCAAAUAUUUGUUCUGCUUUCAUGUUAAGAAUGAUAUUUCCAGUCCCUCUUCUCAAUCCUUGUCGUUACUCAUUUUCCUUUUCAUUCACCUCCGAGUUGCUCCACAAGUGGGUUGAAAAAAAAGUCUUAUUUGUGUUUCUGAGUGGGCUUUGUACUGCUCUCUUGUAAAUCACUCUCAUCCAAUAGUCCAGGUAUGUCCACUCGAGCAAGCAAUCGCCAUUUUGUCGUUCUGAUGAAAUACAGUCUAAAAGCUCACUCUUUAACUUUCCCGACCUGUUGCAUUGUAAAUUAGUCUUUUUCCAGGAGGGCUGCCCCUUCCAGUUCACAAUCUCAUCGAAAAUAAUAAAUCUUCGGCUCGCCCUCCCCAAGACCAAACCUCCUGCAACACAGGUCUCGUAUCAAAUCUCCAUUCUUACUGCAUCACAGAGAGAGCCCUUCUUCUUUCCAAAUCCUUCACAGAGUAAAACCUUUAAGUUCAUAUUAUUCCCACACGGCUCAUUUUUAGUCCCAUUUGCCAAUUAAUUACUGUGAUGGAUCUUCUAAGAGGGAGGGUUAUUAGUUGAUCACAUAGAGCAAAAGAAAUAAAAAGUCAUCCCCCCCUUUCAGUUCCGUUGCAUUCUAUUCCACAUACCAUGUCUGUAGUACUUUGAUGUAAUCUUCCGUCUCAGUCUUCUUCAUUUCAGCAGUAAAAUUGUUAGCAGAUAAAAACCUCCUGCCUCUCUUGAAGCAUGUGCGUUAUCUUUCACCAAUUUUUUUCCUUUUAAGUAACGCAACUAGUUUCGCACCUGGAAGCAGCUUCAGAGGAGUUCUGAGGCCCGCCGAGGGUUGUGCACCCAGUGCCUCUCCCCCUCCUUCUUCCGAACUCGGGGGUGAUUUAUGGCAGCAGCGGGUGAAAACUGCAUCUUUCCCCCCUAGAGAGAUGAGGGAGACUGAUUUACUCCCCAUAAUCAGCCUCUAAUUACCUCGUGCGAGCUGGAUAGAUGUUAAUAUCUGCCAUCUUCCAAGGCGCCCCUAGUGGCCCCCCGAUAUAGGCUAUGAAAUUAACCCCACCCAAUAGACUAGAAUGUGGUCUCAACCUCCCUUUAAAUUGAUAUCAGUGAAAAGAAAAGAACCCACUCGUAAACUUAAACUCUUGGUACCAUGGAAACUGGUGCUGAAAAUGGAGAGGCUGAACCUCCACAGGCACAUACCUCCGCAUGUGGCGGAAAUGCCCCAAAACCCAACUCUUUUGGACAGCAGUCAUACAAGAAAUAAGCAAAAUAACUAAACAGGUAUUAGAAAUCACCGCAGAACUGGCCCUACUGAACAUCUUCCAAGAUAACAAUGCCCAUUCACACUAUAACCCACCUACUCUCAGCAGCCAGAAACAUCAUAGCCAUAACAGGGUUGACCUGUUAGGAAUAAACAUGGAACACUGGUAUCAAGUAGGGAAACAGCCUUCUUAGAAAAGCUAACCAAACAAUAACAAUAAUUUAUUAUUUAUACCCCACCCAUCUGGCUGGGUUUCCCCAGCCACUCUGGGCAGCUUCCAACAAAUUAAGAACUUCCCUAAACAGGGCUGCCUUCUAAAAGUCAGAUAGUUGUUUAUUUCCUUGAGGGCGUUCCACAGGGUGGGUGCCCUCUGGCUGAUUCCCUGUAACCUCACUUUUCACAGUGAGGGUACCACAGAAGGCCCUCAGCGCUGCAGCUCAGUGUCCAGGCUGAACAAUGGGGUUGGAGACACUCCUUCAGGUAUACUGGACUGAGGCUGUUUAGGGCUUUAAAAGUCAGUACCAACACUUUCGUGCUUGGAAACGUACUGGCAGCCAAUGUAGGUCUUUCAGGACUGGUUUUUAUAUGGUCUCCACAGCUACUCCCAGUGGCUGCCGCAUUCUGAAUUAGUUGUAGUUUCUGGGUCACCUUCCAGGUAGCCCCACGUAGAGCGUGUUGCAUUAGUCCAAGUGGGAGAUAACUAGAGCAUACACCACUCUGGCAAGACAGGCUGCGGGCAGGUGGGGCCUCAGCUUGCGUCCCCGAUGAAGAAGAGUUUGGAUUUGAUAUCCUGCUUUAUCACUACCCUAAGGAGUCCUGCCAACCUAGCAGUUUGUUGUUUUUUUUUAAUAAUUUUUUAUUAAGGUUUUAAACAAACAAAAAAGAAAAACAACACACACAAAAAACAAUACAAAACUUAACAAUAAAAACACAAAACAUAACAAUUAAAAACAAACUCUCUUUUCCAUUUCCAAUUUUAAAUUACUUAUUUUCUGGACUUCCUCAUACCUCCCUCUUUUGUAUUCCAAUCCACAUUAUUUGUCCAGCAGUUUCUUUUCCACUUUUUAAUCCCAAUCUUUAAUUUAAUAAAACGUUAAAAUAUAUAACUUCAACUUUUUAAACCUAAUCCUUGAUCUUAAUGUCAUAUAGCUUUAAAUUUUUCCCUUUUAUUAUCAAAUUUCCAUUUCUUUAAACAUCUUUAAUCUUGAUCUUUAAUCUUAAUCUAUCCUUAACUUUAACCUGUACAGCUGGAAACCACUUGUUUUCAGUCCAACAUCACUCUAACAUUCCUUAAUUUUGCAGUGUUUCUGAAGAUAGUCUUUGAAUUUCUUCCAGUCUUCCUCCAUCGACUCUUCUCCCUGGUCACGGAUUCUACCAGUCAUUUCCGCCAAUUCCAUAUAGUCCAUAAGUUUCAUCUGCCAUUCCUCCAGCGUGGGAAGUUCUUGUGUCUUCCAAUACUUUGCGAUGAGUAUUCUUGCUGCUGUUGUUGCAUACAUAAAGAAAGUUCUAUCCUUUUUAACACCAUUUGGCCCACUAUGCCCAGGAGAAAGGCCUCUGGUUUCUUGGGGAAGGUAUACUUAAAUACCUUUUUAAUUCAUUAUAUAUCAUUUCCCAGAACGCCUUAAUCUUUGGGCACGUCCACCAAAGGUGAAAAAAGUACCUUCAAUUUCUUUACAUUUCCAACAUUUGUUAUCGGGCAAGUGAUAGAUUUUCGCAAGCUUGACUGGGGUUAUGUACCACCUGUAUAUCAUUUUCAUAAUAUUCUCUCUUAAGGCAUUACAUGCCGUAAAUUUCAUACCUGUGGUCCAUAACUGUUCCCAGUCAGCAAACAUAAUGUUAUGACCAACGUCCUGUGCCCAUUUAAUCAUAGCCGAUUUUACCGUUUCAUCUUGAGUAUUCCAUUUCAGCAGCAAGUUAUACAUUCUUGACAAGUUCUUAGUCUUGGGUUCUAACAAUUCUGUUUCUAAUUUGGAUCUUUCCACCUGGAGCCAAUUUUCCUGUCCAAUUUAAAUACCUCCAUUAUUUGAUAAUAAUGAAGCCAGUCUCGCACUUUGUUUUUUAGUUUUUCAAAACUCUGCAAUUUCAGUCUAUCUCCGUCUUGUUCCAAAAUUUCCCAAUAUUUCGGCCAUUUGACCUCCAUAUUGACCUUUUUCAAGGCUUUCGCUUCCAUUGGUGACAGCCACCUUGGGGUUUUAUUUUCUAGCAAAUCCUUAUAUCUUAUCCAAACAUUAAACAGCGCUUUCCUGACAAUGUGGUUUUUAAAUGCUUUAUGUGCUUUGACCUUAUCAUACCAUAAAUAUGCAUGCCAUCCAAAUACAUUAUUAAAACCUUCUAGAUCCAAAAUGUCAGUGUUUUCAAGAAGUAGCCAUUCUUUCAACCAGCAAAAGGCUGCUGAUUCAUAGUACAGUUUAAGGUCUGGCAGGGCAAAUCCACCUCUUUCCUUUGCAUCCGUUAGUAUUUUAAAUUUUAUUCUGGGUUUCUUGCCCUGCCAGACAAAUUUAGAAAUAUCUUUCUGCCACCUCUUGAAACAAUCCAUUUUGUCCACGAUCUGCAAAGUUUGAAACAAAAACAACAUUCUAGGCAAUACAUUCAUCUUUAUCGCAGCAAUACGGCCUAGCAGUGAAAGCUUCAAAUUUGACCAUAUUUCUAAAUCUUUUUCACUUCUGACCAACAUUUUUCAUAAUUAUCUUUAAAUAAAUUCCCAUUUUUGCUGUCAUGUUAAUCCCCAGGUAUUUAACUUUCUUAACCACUGUUAAACCUGUCUCAUUCUGAAACCUCUCUCUUUCAAACGGUGUUAAAUUUUUCUCUAGAACCUUGGUUUUUGACUUGUUCAAUUUAAAUCCUGCCACUUGACCAAAUUCUUGAAUCAGUUCUAAAACCCUUUUUGUACUAGAUUCUGGCUCCUGUAACGUCAAUACUAAGUCAUCUGCAAAUGCUCUCAAUUUAUAAUGUUUAAUUCCGACCUGUAUACCUUUGACCAUCUGGUCCCUUCUAAUCAUAUUCAGCAGAACCUCCAGGACCGAAAUAAAAAGAAGUGGGGAAAUUGGGCAACCUUGUCGUGUCCCUUUUUCAAUUUUAAGUUCUUCCGUCACAACAUUAUUUACAAUUAGUUUAGCCUUUUGUUCUGAAUAAAUUGCACUUAUACCAUUCUCAAAACCUUGGCCUACCCCCAUACCCUGAAGAUUCUUCUUCAUAAAAUUCCAAGAAAUAUUGUCAAAGGCUUUCUCUGCGUCUACAAAUAUCAACACUGCUUUAGUAUAUUCACUUCUAAUUUUUCCAAGAUAUCAGUUAUAUUCCUCAAAUUAUCAGACAAAUGUCUUCCUGGGAGAAAGCCCGCUUGGUCUUUACGAAUCUCUUCCAACAGCACUUUUUUAAAUCUCUUCGCCAAAAUAUCUGCAAAAAUUUUGUAAUCCACAUUAAGUAAUGAUAUAGGGCGGUAGUUCUUAAGUUGUGUCUUUUCAGUCUCUGUUUUUGGUACAAGUGUAAUAUAUGCUUCUUUCCACGACUCUGGUGCCCUCUUCCCCCUGCCAACCUAGCAGUUUGAAAGCACAUCAAAGUGCAAGUAGAUAAAUAGGUACCACUCCGGUGGGAAGGUAAACGGCGUUUCCGUGUGCUGCUCUUGUUUGCCAGAAGCGGCUUUGUCAUGCUGGCCACAUGACCUGGAAGCUGUCUGCAGACAAACGCCGGCUCCCUUGGCCUAUAGAGUGAGAUGAGCGCACAACUCCAGAGUCGGUCACGACUGGACCUAAUGGUCAGGGGUACCUUUACCUAAGGAGUCUCAGAGUGGCUAACAAUCUCCUUUCCCUUCCUCCCCUACAACAAACACUCUGAGGUGAGUGAGGCUGAGAGACUUCAGAGAAGUGUGACUAGCCCAAGGUCACCCAGCAGCUGCAUGUGGAGGAACGGGGAAUUGAACCCGGUUCACCAGAUUACGAGUCCACUGCUCUUAAACACUACACUUUAAUUUUAGUAUAGUUGUAAAUUGUUUUUAUUAUUAGUAGACAGCUGCCCUGGACACAGAAUUGACCUGUGCCUCCAUGGAUAGCUGUGAGUCCAAAAUUACUCCCAGGCAGCACACCUGGUCCUUCAAGACCCAUUCACCCAUUCAGGUCCAGGGAGUCCUCCACACCCGCCCGCCCCCUGUCCCCCAAAAACAGUACUUCUGUUUUGUCAGGAUUCAACUUCAAUCCCUAAAAUUAAAGCAAUCCCCAACCCAACACCCAUCCCACCCCCAAGAAAAAGCACAAAAAGCCCACCAUUUAAAACGUCGCAGAUAAAAUAUAAUUUAAAAACAAUUAAAAAGAGGAACCCUUUCUGCUGAGUAGCAGCCGCAGUCCUUGUGAAGCCUGUCAGGCCCCACCCCCAGCCAGAUGGAGAGAGGCAAGGCAGGGCGGCAGCAGCAGCAGCAGUAGUCCUUUAUAGGGCUUGUUAGGCCUCGCCCUAAGCCAGGUGGAGAGAAGCUAUUUAUGACCUAAGCAACAUUUAAUAUUAUUUUUGGUAAUAUAUUACCAAUUGUGCGGUACAUUUCCUCAACUGAAAACUUUUUCUUCUUCUUAACAUGAUCAGCAUGGUAUUAUAACAAAACUGCCACAGGGCUGCCACAUGAAGCCCGCUGAAUUCCAGUUCCAAACCUAGAGCCUAGCCAUCACCUAAUUUCAUAUGAGAUCCAUUUAGAGAAGGAGGAGUGCUCCACUUUUCCUCCCUGGACUGGCAAUUAAAGUGCUAAGUGGUACCUUUCAGAGAGGCAUGGGCCUCCAGUUCUUGAUCUUUGUGCUAGACAUUCACACCCUUGUGAAUAAUUUGCAAGUUUUUGUAGAGAGACCAUCCACUUCACACAUUAUUUAUAUUGUUACACACCACUCUAAUUUCCACAACAGUGAGAGAGUCCAGGUGCUCACCCAGGGUUUUUGUUUCCUUUGGAAAUUAAGUACAGCAGAGAUUGUGCUGUCUUUAUGAUAUAUGGUUUAUUUACACAUACACACUAUACAGCCUGUGAGGGGUUCAAAGCACUGCACUCAUAGCUGCAAAACUGGAUCCAAGCUGCCAGCCCCCAUGGUGCCAUGACCCCCCUUUCUCCAGCUCACAAAUCUCCUUGCAAAAAAGCCUAACUUUCCCUCAGCUUGCAUCAGGGGUCAGCAAACGUUUUGAUCAGGGGGCUGGUCAACUGUCUCUCAGACCUUGUGGGGGGACCAGACUAUAUUUUGAAAAAUAUAAAUACCUUGCAAGCCGGUCCCACAGCUGCCUCCAGACCUGGAGGAGGAACACACUCUGCAUGCACUCAGGAGCGUGUCUUGGCGCCACCCGCAGCUGCUCCAUCGGCCCAUACCCCCAGAGCUCCCAGGCGGCGUGCACCACACACUGCGGCCCAUCGUCCGAAGCCAGUCGGUGGGCAGGCCACAUGCAGAGCGCCGGGCAGGAGGCGUGCAGCUCGCCCUGCAGCGCAGCCGCCAAGCACGCCAUCAGCAGCAGUGUCGAGCUGGGUGCCAGGCACGCCAGGCUACAGCUGAAGCCCCGCAACACGCCCGUCACAAUGCCUAUGUGGCCCAGACCCACCAGCUCUCCAUCCAUGUCCACGCCGGGUUUACCUCAGCAAGGCUUUGGAUUGGUUGCAGGAACAUCCUGCAUUCAAUCCGAAGCUGCGCCAGCGUUGCCGCCCUUCCAGAAACCAUGCCAGCAUUGCAGAAGUCAGUCCCUGCACAGCGAAGCAUCCGCAGCGCGCAGGACUGACUGAGCGGGCAGCAGGGUCCGCGGGCCGGAUUUAUGAGCCUGGGGGCCACAUCCAGCCCCCAGUGCUUAGUUUGCCGACCCCUGUCUUACAUUACCCACUCUAAUUCUGUCCCUCCCUCCUGCAACUCUGUCUCAUCCCAGAUGGGGCUCCACCCCGCUGCAUCUGCAGAGGGUCUUUGUCUUGCUGAUGGCAUCCAUGAUGGAUCAUCAUCCUGUCUUUGUUUGCUUAACAAAUCAGCCAUUCAGGCUAGUCUAGACACAGGAAGAUUGGUUUGGCCUGUAAUUUACCAUGCUAAACACAGUGUCUAGCAUCCAGAAAUUCAUAGCACUAUAUUUAUUUAGUAAUUUAUAUCCAUCCACCUUCCUUCCUUGAUGGAACCCAAGUGCUUAGAUGGGUUUCUCAGGUAGUAUCCCAUCCAAGAACUGAGCAGACCCAGAUCUGCUGAACUUCAGCAAAAUGACUGCAUAUACAGUGGUAGCUCAGAAGUUGAACAUAAUCCAUUCCAGAAGUCCCUUUGACUUCCAAAACAUUUGGAAACCAAGGCACAGCUUCCAAUUGGCUGCAGGAAGCUGUGGAGGUCACGUCAGAUGUUUGGUUUCCAAAGAACGCUUGCAAACUGGAACACUCAUUUCCAGGUUUGCGGUGUUUGGGAGCCAAGGUAUGACUGUAUACACACGGCUUGCUACCAAGGUACGACUGUAUACACACGGCAUGCUACCAAUAUGCAUUUCCUCUAAAGAUUGAACACCUGAGCAUUCACUCAUAUCUGAAUACAUGAAAUGCAAUCUGCAUUGCUUCUAUAGGCAGAAGAUGUGAAAAAGCUAGAGUUAAAAUACUGUUAUACCCCAUAAUUACACUAUCAAUCCAAACCUGAACUUAUGUUUUGCCCAAUAAAUUAUUUGCUGUACAAAAAAGAAUUAUUUCCACAUCCCAUUCUGUAUUCCUGAUCAAGAUAAUGCUGGCGGGGCGCAAGGAAUAGCCUACAGUAUUCUUUCCAAAUCACAGAACAUCCUAUAACUGUUCUACACUUUGCUUUCCUCUGUGACUAAGCAUCUAAUGUCUUUCCAGGUACACUUUGUGCUUGGUUUAUUUUGUAAUCAAAAUUCCUCAGAUUAAUUCCACAGAGCCAAAUAAGACAAAUGAACAUCUUUGAAGGCUCAAAAUUAAAAAUGUGUGCAUGUGUACAUAUACACCAAACAAAUAGUGUGGACAAUCCAGGAAUUAGAGUGGAUGGAUGGGCUCCAAAGCAUGCAUUGAGUUCCCUUCCUGCAGAGGAGUAAAAAGGUGUUCUGAAUAAUAUUCUGAAUAAUGUUCUGAAUAAUGCUUGUAGAGGAUAUCCGUAUGUGCAUGGUAUACUCAGAGAAAAUAGAUCAGUGUGCUUUUGCUUAAAUCUUCCUAUACUAUAUGAGGGGUUUAUUUUCAUACCAACUUGAACAAGAAUGAUGGAAUGGAGGUCUGCGCCUAGUUGGGGGUGGAGAGAAGGAGGGUGGGGGUGGAGGAGGAGAAGGAGAAGGCACCCAUCCUAGGAGGUCCAGAUCCACUUCCCAAGACAGCUGCCUCACCCUGCUUCAUGGGCAGGGUGGCGCAGCAAAGAGUGUGAGACAGGGGUCGGCAAACUAAGGCCCGCGGGCUGGAUCCAGCCCAAUUGCCUCCAGGAUCCGGCCCACGAACAGUCCGGGGAUCGGUGUGGGCCGUUGGGUUCUGGUCUUUUUUUUAUUAUUUCUUUUCGGCUGCCAUUUUUUCCUGCACCGCCAUUUCCCCCUCCCUCUCAUGCCUCCUCCCUCCCUCCUACUUAAAGUGUGAGCAAAGGUGGACUCCAGUCACGACCAAUCUCCUGCAAGGCCCUGGCUAAUGGGUGGGUGGUGGCUGCACAGCUGCUCAACAAAUGAAAAGUCAUGCCCACCUCAGCACGGCGUGGGGACUGUCCAAUCAGUUUCCGUUCUGUGCUGAGGCAAGCCCUGAUGCGGUCCUUCACUCGCUGAGCGGCCGCCGACACGCAGUGGCUCAACGGAUGAAAAGCUGCACCGGAGCCUACCUCAGCACAGCAAGCUCCGAUGCAGCCCCUCAUUCAUUGAGCUGCCGCUGACACGCAGAGGCAGAUCCUGCCAGGCACCCUGGACGCUCUUCCUUCCUGCCUCCUGGCGGUCCUGGCUGCACCAGAGGCCACCGCUGCCACUCGGCGUCUGGACAGGAGAGGCCGGCCAGUGCCAGCGCUGCCGCCGCUCUCACCCUGAAGGAAUGUCUGAGGGACAGUGGACUGGCCCCCUGCUGAAAAGGUUUUUCGACCCCUGGUGAGUGAUCAUGGGAGAUGGCUUGAACGCAAGUGGAGGAAAGAUCCAAAUGAAUGCAGCCAAGAUACUUUGCUGCCUGCCUUGAAUCCUCAUCAUGUCGUCCAGCAGAGGUUUUCCAGGUUGUACUGGGCCUUUUACAGGCUAGAACCGGCAGCUUGCUGCAACAUGUUUGCAAAGCAUUUUGAGGAUAAAAUUGCUUGCAUCCACCAAGACUUGACUCUGCUGUUAUAGUAGAGCACACAGUCUAGUCCUGUUGUGUGGGAUGAGUUUCAGUUGGUAAGGCUCGAGGAUGUGGACAAGGUGCUUGGAUCAGUCAGGGUGACCACUUGCACUCUGGACCCUUGCCCCUCUUUGCUGAUAAAAACCAGCAGGGAGGGAACAGCUGGCUGGGCCAGGGAGGUAAUCAAUGCCUCUUUACGAGAGGGGGUGGUCCCUGCCUGUUUGAAGGAGGCAGUGGUAAAACCACUCCUUAAGAAACCUUCUCUGGAUUCAGAAAACCUAACUAACUAGCAGUCAGUUGGUAAUCUCCCUUUCCUGGGCAAGGUUCUGGAGCAAGUGGUUGCGGACCAGAUCCAGGUGCUUUUGGAAGAAACUGAUUUUCUAGAUCCAUUUCAGUCGGCGUUUAGGCCUGGUUUGGUCGCCCUGUAUGAUGACCUCUGUUGAGAAAGAGAGAAGGGAAACUUGUCCCUAUUAAUUGUUCUCACCCUCUCCGCUGCUUUCAAUAUCAUCAAUCAUGGUAUCCUUCUGGAGCGACACUCUGAAUUUUGCAGUGGUUCCAGUCCUACUUGGAUGGUUGUUCCCAGAGGGUUUCCUUGGAGAAAUGCUUAAUACAUAUUAAGCUUGGAUCCUAGAACAAUAGGCAGGUAGGAUCCUAGAAUGCAACAACUGAUUAGCCCACAGGAGAAGACCAAUCAGGCUCCAGGAGGGAAGCAGAAUCAGCCAAUCAGACGGGACUCAUUGUGUAAAUAAUGUAUAUAAAGGCCUGAGGUUUGGGGGGAAAUUCAAUCACUGUUUUACAAGCUGCAAUAAAGAGCAUGAAAUCACUGCAGGACUCCAAGUAUAUUUCAGGAAUGCAGGGGUCCGGCAGGGCUCAAUCCAAUCCCCCACGUUGUUUAACAUCUACAUGAAUCUACUGGGUGGGGUUAUCCGGAAGUUCAGAGUAUGUUAUCAGCAGUAGGCUGAUGACACUCAGCUCUAUUUCUCCUUUACAUCUGUAGGUGAGGCAGUGGAAGUGCUGGACCAGUGUCUUGCCUCAGUAAUGGACUGGAUGACAGCCAACAGACUGAAGCUCAAUCCAGAUAAGACUGAGGCACUAUUAGUGGGUGGUUCCCUAGACCAGAUGGGUGGGAGGUCGCCUGCUCUUGAUGAUGUUACACUUCCCCUGAAGGAGCAGUCUUGGGGAUACUCCUGGAUCCUUUGCUGUCGCUUGAAGGUCAGGUGGCCUCAGUGGCCCGGAGUGCCUUCCCUCAGCUUUGGCUGGUGGCCCAACUACACCCCUAUCUGGACAGGGAUAAUCUAACUACUGUUGUCUAUGCUCUGGUAACCUCAAGGUUAGAUUAAUAUGUUAUAUGUAGAGCUUCCUCUGAAGACAGUUUGGAAACUUCAGCUAGUGCAGAAUCCAGUGGCCAGGUUGCUCACCGGAGCAAGAUGGUUUGAGCAUAUUACACUGCACUGGCUACCAAUUAGUUUCCAGGCCCAAUUCAAAGUGCUGGUUUGUCACCUAUUGAAGCAUUAUCACUUAAAACAUUAACAAUGAAAGAAAUAUGGCCAACAUAUAGAGAUUUAUUAGUAGAACAAGAAGGAAAGUGGAAAUGGAAAGAUUAUGAUGAGAUAAAGAAACACCUUCAGAGUUGGUUGCAUUAUAGGCAAUUAAAUGAAAUCUUCAAGGAAGAUAAUAAGAGAGGAUUCCCUUUCACAGUUUCCAAAUUCCAAAAGGAUAUCAUAGAUGAUAAUUCUAAAUUGUUAAAGGCGUAUAAUAUUCUGUUGGAAUGGGAAACGAAAGAUGAGGAAGUUAAAGCAGUAAUGAUUAAGUGGGCACAAAACAUAGGUCACAACAUACAAUUUGAGGAUUGGAUAAGGCUUUGGAAAAUGAACUUAUAAAUUUACGAUUGCAUAUUGUUGAAAAAGAACUAUAUGAAAAUGAUGUACUGGUGGUCCAUUACACCAUUAAAACUGGCCAAAAUGUACAAAGGAGAUGUAAAGAAGGGGAAGGUACAUUUUAUCACAUGUGGUGGGAUUGUAGGAUUAUUUUAAAAAAUACAGACUCCGCUAACUCAGAAAUAUUACCUCGGGUUAAGAACUUAGCUUCAGGAUGAGAACAGAAAUCGCACGGCGGCAGCGCAGCAGCAGUGGGAGGCCUCAUUAGCUAAAGUGGUGCUUCAGGUUAAGAACGGAACUCCAGAACGAAUUAAGUACAUAACCAGAGGUACCACUGUAUAAUGAAUUGAAAAAGAAAUGUUCAAAAUAACCUUUGUGAAAAAACCAGAAGACUUUUUGUUAGGUAUUCUAGGAUAAGAAUUGCUGAAGAAAAAUCAGACAUUAUUCAUUUAUGCUACUAUGGUAGCAAGAAUUCUAAUUGCACAAAAUUGGAAGACUGGAGAAAUACCAUCUAAAGAACAAUGGCAAGAAAAAUUGAUGAAGUAUGCAGAACUGGCAAAGUUAACAGACAAACUGCGUGAAAAGGACAAUAGUGACUUUGGAAAAGAAUGGGAUCUCUUUACAAUAUACUUGCAGAAACAAACAAAAAAAACAUGGACAUGAAAAAAAUUGUUGGCAGGAUUUACAACUUUAUUUACAGAGAACAAGAAAUAUAAUUAGUGAUAACAGAACAUUAUGUAUAAACAGCAGAAUGUGACAUUUGGCAUAACAAGACAAAAAUGGAAGUUGGGGGAAGUCUACAGGGGGGGGACUAGAAAAUGGAUGUUAAAUGAUGAUAUUGAACAAUUGUUAUGAGAAAAGAAAACCAAUAAAAAAUAUUUUAAAAACAACAACAACAAAGUGCUGGUUUUGACCUAUAAAGCCUUAAACGGGACUUCCGGAGCGGCACGCCAGAGAGACGGGUGGAGAUCCGCGCUCUUGCAAUCUCUGGUACCAGAGAGAGAGAAACGAGGGACUAGGCGUAAGUCACCUCGACCUCAGGGGCGGAACCUGAGGGCUGAAGCCAAAGGCAGCGCAAAAAGGUUUCCCAAUAUUAUAUAACAAAGAAAACUGCCAUAAAAGGUGUUGGGAAGACCUUUGCUCAAAGAGGCGAAACCAUUCUCUGGUACAAAUGCCCCAACUCCCUGGCACGGCGGGUGAUAAAUAGGAGACUGUUAAAAGCAAACGCCUCCCCUGUAAUAUAAAACUGAAAAAGAACAAUAGAAAAACCUCUGCCUGUUCAGGGGAGGAAAGGGGAGGCGGGAAGAAAACAGUUUGUGAAGGAAACUACAGAACCGAACAGACAACAGAGAAGGGGGCCAUAUUCCCCACGCGGAAAACCUCUGUUAAUAAUCUCACAAAGUGUUCUAAGGAAGCGUGACUAGAUACACCAGAUAGAGCAAAAAUAAACAAACCAAAUCAGAAAUUAGAAGAGUAAACUACCGGAGGACUUUAUAAAGGACCGGUAACUGCAUUGAAAAUAAAUGACUUAAAAAUAGACCCGCUGGGAAAAAAUAAUUUGAGAAAACCUUAAAUGGCUCAGGACCGCAAUACCUCAAGGACUGCCUCUUUCCAUAUGAACCUAGCCAGAUCCUGAGAUCAUCUUUUGAGAGCCCUUAUUUGUGUGCCUCCUCCUCAAGAGGUCCGGAAGGUGGCAUUAUGAGGACAGGUCUUGUCUGCAGUGGCUCCCCCCUGUGCCAAGAUCGACCCCCAGGAAGGAUUGUGUAGCUGCACCAAUCAUCCCCUGGAUGGAUCGCCCCGCCCCUUGGGCGGAUCACCCCGGGGGCAUGGCAUGUAUGCCGCUCCAGGUGCCGGAACACCUAGCUCAGCCACUGUACCCAUUCCCCUCUGCUCUAUCUUGGCUCACUUUCUGAAAUGUAUUCCAUUUAAAACUUCUGUCUCUGUUUCUCAAAAACAGAUGUGAUUCAGGGGAGUCACAAUUAGAGUCACACAGGGAGUGUUUAUUCUGUCCCAUGAUUUACUUUAGGCAUUUUGCCCAGGCUUUAAAUAGUGAAAAUGGCACAGGGGAAAUGAGGAACCCCAGCAGUACCUUUGCUGUAAUUGAAACUGACUCCCUGCCUGAGGCUCCUUUAGAUUAAAACAAGCCAGCGAACAAAACCUAGUGCCCAGAGAUUGGAGCAUGUCUGUUUUGCCACUGAGCAGGCUUGCCAACUCUGAAGUGUCUUUGGACCCUUCAGUAUCUGUUGGUAGGGGACCAGGCCCCCUGAGGGGGUGGAAGAGGCCAAGCCAAGGGAAUGUGGGCUCCUGUGUGCAAGAGAGGAGGUGCUGCCAGCCAUUGAAGCCGCUCCAGGCUCUGCGUUUGGUCUCUUCCUGGCAAUGUGAUGUUGUAAGUGCAUGACAUCACAAGCACGCAAUGCACACAGGGGCCCCUUAAUCUUGGGCACAAGAUGGCGCCUCUGCCACCAGGUGCCUACAUUCUUUAUUUACUCUGUAUGUUUUCUAUGCUGUUCUCCCUUCACCUUGCAGCCUGACCCUAAUAGUUGCAGAAGAGCUCAGAGGGAAGUGUGUGCCUCCUGCUGCUGGUUAGGCCGGCAUCACAUUGGAGGAGGGCAAAGAGGCAGGCACUAGCGUCUUAGGCAGGCAGCUGCAAGUCAGGCACCUGCAAGUUAGCAGCUAAGGGACAGGUGUUUUAGACAGGUAGAAGAGUAGGCAGGGCAGGGUAUCCUGGCAGCAGGAAGGAAGACUACUCACCAGCUCAGAGUCCAAGCUGCUGUGCUUGGGUGUUACUAUGUCACCCACCAUAGAAGAAAAUCCUUUCACUUGCUAUGUUGGCUGGUGGGCAAGAACCUCUUUCCUGGACUGGGUCCUGCCAGACCAGGCUGUGGGCUGACCAGCAGGCCUUAGGAUCAGUGGUGAUGUUUUUUGUGGAAUCCACUAGGUAACAUACAUACAUACAUACAUACAUACAUACAUACAUACAUUUGAUUUAUAUACUGCCUUAUACCCAUGGAUCUCAGGAUGGUUCACAGAAUAAAAUCAAGAUAUAAAACUACAAAAUACCUAAUAAAAAUAGAAACAACAACCCAAUAGCCCCCCCCACCACAUUUUUAAAGGGCAUAGGAUGUAAAUUGGAUCAACCAAAGGCCUGGUUAAAAAGGAACAUUUUUGCCUGGCACCUAAAGUUGUAUAACUUCCCUGGGGAGAGCUUCAGGCUGAAGUGGGGUGACAUCCCCCCCCCCCGCCCCGCAACUCCCCAGCCUACAGCAAGCUGGGGGAAGAGGAAGAGCCACAGCAGCUGCUUUGCCAUUCACCGCUUUGCCGCUUGCUGGGUUUGGGGGAGUUGCAGGGGGGCGUGCCAAAUGUCACCCCCCUUCAGGAUGGCAUCCAGUGCAGAGCGCACCCCCUCCACCCCCAUUGCUACGCCCCUGGGUGGGUAUCCUCUACAUUGCCAAAUCCAUACACAGAAGGGCAUGCUACACUUUGCCAUGAGUGGGGAAGGUCAGCUCUCUGUCUCCUGGCCCCCAAAAUUGUCUGAGAGGAAUCAACAGGGAACAGAACCCUCACUUAGUAUGGCAAAUUGCGCAGACCAGUGUUGGAUGCUGGAACCUCUUCAUGUUUAUCAGCACUGUAACUUCAACAGCUGAUUUAAACCAUCUCUCUCUCUUGGGGCAAUGUCAGACUACAUUCAUGUGUCUGUUUUAAUUCAAUUUCUCCUCUUGUAUAAAGCAGUUCAUUCCAGAUCUUGACAUUUUUCCCAGAUCACCAUCUUUUUCAAAAUGCAUUUGAAAAAGAUGGUGAUCUGGGAUAAAUGUCAAGAUCUGGGAUGAACUGCUUUAUGCAUAGUCUGAAUUUAACAUACUGCUUUAUCAUCUUGAAAACAUCUUGAGUUUCUGAGUCUGCUUCAUAAUUCUCCUGCUAAUCCCCACUUGUUAGGAUUACUGUGCCUUCUUCAAGUUACUGGUCUUUGUGCCAUCUUUUUACAAUAGCUGCAAUUUACAAUAACUUUACAAUUCACAUACAGCUUGGCAGCUUCAAUCAUACGCCACUUAUUACUGCUCUGCAUAACAAGGACUUUCAUUAGUGCUCAGUGAAAUGACAAUUUCCUUAAGAGGGAAAACAGUUCAAAGCAGUUCUGAAAUGUCACAGGCAAGCCUUGCCCAGUCAACUUUAUAAUUUUGUUAGCUUGAUAAGCAGAACGUUUGUAUUAUUAAAUAAAUGGAUUUUCCACUUUCUCGCUGGAAACAACCAAACAAUUAAAUUUUAUUGCCUUAGCUGGAGGAUAAAACAAUCAGUUAUACACAACUUGUCCCCACAUGCUGUCUCCCAGCCAUUUACUGAACCAGAAUGGAAUGAAAGGUGAAGUUGUGAGUUGGGGGGCAGAGCCCCCUAAAUUCUUAAGUUUAGUCAAUGUUAUAAUUUAGCUAAUAUUUGGAGUAUAAAGGAAGAUGCCAACAUACAGGCUAUACCGGAUUUCCUGUUCUGAUAGAACAGGCUGAUAGAAGUGCCAUUAAGAAACAAAGAGAGCAGAGUACCAGGUCAUUAAGAGCAAUUGACAAUGCAUAGACUGCCUGUGCUGGGAUGUUUUUGCCUCUGCGCAUGGGUCUGGGAAUGUUCUGAUCAGUUCACAUUGAGUUCAGUACCCUGACCUGUUCUUAACACAUUGUUGACCACAUCUACGGAACGCGAUUGUUAUGUUCUUUCAUGUCAUGCAAAAUCAAUCAUUAGUAAUAGUUUAAGUCUUGAUACUCAAUCACUAGUUAAUAGUUUAAUAAGGAGGUUUCACGCCUGUCCAAUUCUGUGUUCCCUUUCCCACCCUUUAAUCUAUUGAUGAUUAAUACCUAUUGUCAGAGCUGGCUCCAGGUCCCAGCUCACAGAGGACCAACGCUAGCCGGCAGUAAUGUACAAAAGUCUUUAUUGAAGUACAGUUUCCAUUUUCAAGCCGGAGCGCCCCAGCUCUACGUCUAGGGGUUAGAUCGGCGAAGCUCCAUCUGAGUCUCCGCCCCUGUACACCAGUUUAAGAUUCUAGCCUUACUCCACCUCUUACGUCUCUCCUUUCUCCUCUGGGUCCUGCUACCCCCCGGGGUCCCUUCCUUCCUGGAUUCUUCUGACGCUGACCCCCUGACUCCUCCCCUCUUUUCGGCGGGCUUUGGGACCUGGCUCCCUAUCCGGGCUGCCAACUGCGCCGCCCUCCUGUACAUUUGAACUUUGCGCGCGCGCCCAGCCUUCAACCUUCCUCUCGACCGUUUCCUCGCUCCCCGAUGGAGGCGUGGCCAAUCCUGACUCAUGUCCUCCCACUGGCAGUGCGCCGCCUGAUCCCGAUGCCUGGGACUCCUCCCCCCCUACUGCACUCUGGUGUGGACGCUGGUCCUGAUUUCCAACUGCUGCUCUCUGAGUCCCCUCUGGCCCCUUCUUCCUGGGGUGUCCCCUCGGCACCCCCUUGCUCUGACCAAGGGAGCCCCUUUCUGUGAAUCUUCCGAUUCGCUGGAAAGACUCAGAGACCUCGGACCGCUGUCAUCGCUAACAUUUCCUUCGGACUCCUCCCCCUCGCUCUCUAUUUCCUCCCUUUCCUGUGCCUCUGCUCCUGAACCCCUGACAUCCAUCCCCCUCGAAGCCCCCCUUCCCCCUCCCCUCCUUCAGGUGUGGGUACUGGGUGCUCCGUCGUUGUGGGGGUGAGUGCCGGAUACAGUUCGUCCCCGUGGCGUGCAUCCAGCCGGAUAAGUCCGGCUCGUCCUCCGUGCUCUCGCCGACCUCAAUUUCCUCUGCUUCCAUCUCUUUGCCGCCGUGCUCGAACCCAAGGUCCUCCCCCAACACGUCCAUGUCCGUCUCUCCCCGGUCUCCUCCGGGGACGUUGCCUGCCAAGGACCCCCCAACCACUUCCUGCGCCACUGCUCCUCUGGUUGAUUGUCCCACCAAUAGGAACGGUCUGAGGCAGACCCCGAGGGUGAUCCCUCCGGGGAACGUGCUUCUAGUGCCGGUUCCUCGUCCGAGGUGAACCCCUGGAAUGUGCUAGCUGAAAAUGUGGGUGUGAAAAGCCAGUCGUCGAAAUACUCGGCUGGCAUGGGCCUGUGUGGGAAAAGUGCAUGGAACUCGUCCUUGAGCCAAGAUUCCUCCAGAGCAUAAUCUGGCACCCAACUGUUGGCGCUAGCCGGGGUACCUUCCUUGGCGAGGAGGUAUUCCACUCCCUCCUCCCCCCAUCGCGAGUCUAAAAUCUCUGUGACUUCGUUGACGGGUUCCCGCCUUGGCGACCCCCCCCUUGUGGGCGUUUCCCUGAACGGGUCUGGUGCCGUUCCUGGCUCCUGAAAUCUAUGAGGUGCUUUGUAGGGCGUGAGCACUGAUCUAUGGAAAACUGGGUGCAUUCUGGAUCCCUCCGGCAGUGUCAACCGGAAGGCCACUGGAUUGACCUGUGCCUCGACUUGGUAGGGUCCUAGCUGCUUAUGCCCUAGCUUCUUCUUCGCUAACGAUCUGGCCGGCACUGCCUGGGCUGCUAACCAAACCCAGUCUCCCACCUGUAUGUCUUCCCCAACCCUCCUGUGCUUGUCAGCCUGCAGUUUGUAUGCGUGCUUUGCUAGUUCUAACUGCCUCCGAAGCUGUUCGUGAACCUCCUGCAACUCUGAUGCUAAGGCUUCCGCUGCCUGUGGCUCCCCUCCCCGCUCUCGCUAAUCCCGGGAAGGUUCUGGGAUGCCUCCCGUUGUUGGCGAAGAACGGUGUCACCCCCGUGGACACGUGCUUCGUGUUGUUGUAGGCGAACUCAGCGAGCGGCAGGUAGUCCACCCAUGUUGCCGGCUGCUGAUUUGCGUAGCAUCGCAGGUACUGCUGCAUGAUGGCGUUGACUCGCUCCGCUUGUCCGUUCGUCUGCGGGUGUCUCGCCGACGCUAGGUUGAUCUUGACGUUCAGGAAACCCAUCAGCUUCUGCCAGAAGUUCGAGAUAAACUGUCGCCCCCGUCGGACAGGAUAGACCGUGGCAGACCGUGAACUCUGAACACGUGGUCUAUGAACAGUUUGGCGGUCUGUUCCGCCGUGGCCACCUUCGCGCACGGAAUGAAGUGGGCCAUUUUGGUGAACAUGUCCACCACCACUAGCACUGCCGUCUUGCCCCUCGAGCUGGGUAGAUCCGUGACAAAGUCCAGGGCCACCCUCUCCCACGGUUCGAGCGGUGUCUGCAGGGGUUCGAGCAGUCCCGCCGGCGGUUUGUGCACUGACUUGGCCCUUUGGCAGGUGUCGCACCUCGAGACGUAAUCCGCGACUUCCCCCCGCAUCUUGGGCCACCAAAAAUCUCUGGCUACUAAUUCCACCGUCUUCUCUUUGCCAAAGUGCCCGGCGGUGGGUGCGUCGUGCAACUGCUGCAGUACUGUCGCGCGGAGGUCGUCUCCCGGUACGUAGAGGGCCCCUCUGCGGAUGAGCAAUCCGUCGCGUAUCUGGAACUCGUCGUCCUCCGCCGUGCCCCUUUGCACCUCUGCCAUCUUUGCUUGCGCGAAGGGGUCCUCCUGCAGUGCUCGACGUACAGCAUCCAGGUCCACGGUUGCUGAAGCGCACGCCCACGAUUUAGGUGCGAAAAUGUGCUUGGCCGCUGCUGGUGCCGCCUCCUCGAGGUAUUGCGGCUUUCUGGACAGUGCAUCCGCCAUGAUGUUGUUGUCGCCUGGGAUGUACUCUAUCCUGAAGUCGAAAUCCGCAAAGAACUCCGCCCAUCGUAUGUGCCUCUGGUUCAGGAACCUUGCCGUGCGCCAGUACUCCAGGUUUUUAUGGUCCGUGCGGACCUGCACUGUGUGUUUGGCUCCAAUGAGGAAGUGCCGCCACGCCUUGAAUGCUGCAUGAAUGGCCAGCAACUCCCUGUCCCAGAUGGUGUAGUUCUGCUCUGACUUGCUGAGCUUCCUGGAGUAGAAGGCACACGGUCUCCAGUCCCCAUGCGGGUCUUGCUGCAACAGUACUGCUCCCACGGCUCUGUCUGAGGCGUCCGUUUCAACCCUCAUCGGUCUGCUGGGAUUCACAUGCAGUAGCUGCUCUUCGGACGAGAAGAGACGGCUUGAGUUUCUGAAAGGACUGCUCCGCUUGCUCCGUCCAGAUGAACUUCUUCUUCUUGGAGCUGAGCGUGUCGGUGAUGGCCGCCGUCUGCAUCGCGAACCCCUUGAUGAACUUGCGGUAAAAGUUGGCGAAACCGACAAACCGCUGGACCUCCUUCCGAUUGCGCGGGCUCUUCCAGUCCAACACUGAGCGAACCUUGGCGCUGUCCAUGGCGAGCCCCUUGUCCAACAACUUGUAGCCCAGGAAAUCUACCUCCUUCAUGUCGAACUGGCACUUCUCCAGCUUGGCGUACAGCCUGUGCUCCUGCAGUCUCUGCAGAACUUCCUUGACGUCUCCCUCGUGGGUCUCCUCUGAUUCUGAAAAUAUCAGGAUGUCGUCCAGGAAGCAGACGCAUUUCUUGUAGAGGAGACCCGCCAAUACGUGAUGCAUGAAGGCUUGAAAACAGUGGGAGCCAUUUUGUAAUCCAAAGGGCAUAACUCUGUAUUCAUAGGUGCCCAGGAGCGUGAACAUGGCAGUCUUCCAUUCGUCGCCCUCCCGUAUGCGAAUCAGGUUGUACGCUCCUCGCAGAUCCAACUUUGUGAAAACGCGUCCUUUCCUCACCGUUGCGAGCAGGUCAUCUAUCUUGGGCAUGGGAAAGGCUGUGGGCUUGGUUUUCGAGUUCAAAAUUCUAUAGUCCACCACAAGCCUUUUUUGGGGCGUGUCCUUCUUCUUCACAAAGAAUACAGGACUGCCCCCCACUGCCUUCGACUCCCGGAUGAAACCGCGCUUCAAGUUGAGGUCUAUGAACUCCCUGAGUUCCUGCAGCUCGUCUUCAGACAUGGAAUACAGUUUCCCGGUUGGCAGCGUCGCCCCUGGCAGGAGGUCAAUCUUGCAGUCAUAAGACCUGUGGGGAGGUAGCUUGUCCGCUUCCUUCUCGCAGAAAACCUCCAAAAACGCUGCGUACUUGAGUGGCACUGCUUGCAGCGUGCCUAAUUGUAGCUGCGGAUCAUCCUCUUCCCCUUCCGGGCUAGGCAGAAUGCAAUGUUCCGCACAGUAUGAGGAGCCGAAGGUCAGUUGUCGCUGGUACCACGCCAAUGCUGGGCUGUGCCUGUGCAGCCAACUCAUGCCUAAUACUAUAGGCGUGUCCGACAGUUGGGUGACAUUGAAGCUGAUGACUUCUCGGUGAUUCCCAAUUUGCAUCACCAUCGGAGGCGUUUGCUGCACCACCUGCCCCCCCAGCAAUUCCCUGCCAUCCACCGUGACAACCUUCAGAGGCAGCGUGGCUGGCAGGAGUGCUAUGUUGUGCUCUUGAAGGAAAUCCAGUCCUAUGAAGUCUGCGUUACUACCAGAGUCAAUGGUAAUCGGCACUUCCAUAGUGAGUCCAUUGGGUAG